AAUAUAUACACACACACCCCCUUCUCCCCCCCCUUCUCUCCUUUAUUUUUUUUGAUAUAUAAACCGUUAAACUUAAACCCCUCCUCCCCUUAAUUCCCCUUAAAUUCCAUAGCUUUGCGCCUGCAAUCUUCGUCCCCUAACAUCUUCAGUUUCAGGUCGCAUUGAUCACUAAAAUCAGCGGUUGAUUUGACUGUUAACUUGUAACGGUCUCAGUUAACAAAAGUUAUCGCCUUUUCUUUGCCGCCGGCGAAGACGUCCGUUAAUUCCGUCGACGGCUUGCUGGUGGGAAAUUUGUUUAGUAAUUGAUGGCAGCUCCAGGGGGACCUAGACCAGGGAAUAUACCACCCAAUUACAAUCCUAAUGCACUUGCUGAUGGAAUGCAAAAUUUGCAAAUUAAUAGACCCAAUCGCCCGCCUUCAAACCCCAGUGGUAGUCCUAGGCCUAGUGCAACGCCUUCUGGGCAGCAGCCACCUCCUUUUGCUGGUGUGCCACCUGAGAGUCGUCCAGGACCUCCUCCACCUGGCGCAUUCCAAAGGGGUCCUACGCAAGCUACAUUGCCUCCCAAUUUAAUUUCUAGACCAUCUGGCCCUCCUUCUGUGGGUCAACCUACACCACCCUUUGCAUCUAGGCCGCCUCUUGCUGGUGCAGUGCCUCCUUCUGUGGGUGGUACUGCCAUUCGCCCGCCACCUAGUGCUUUGCCUUCUGCACAAGGUCCUCGUGCCGGCCCACCAGGACCUUUUGCUGCUUCAACAAGCCCUCUUGUGCCGCCUUCUGGUGUUUCUAGUUCAGCUAGUAAUGGUCCACCUGCACUUGGUCCGGGGACAAUGCAGAAUGGACCACAUUUUUCUCCGGCAAGCAAUACAAUGAGGCCACCAGCUGGAGCUCCUCCAUCAGCAAUGUUAUCAUCUGGAACUCCUUCUCACCCUCCAAGGAUGCGUUCACCCUUUGGAAGUCCACCUGCCAGCACAACAUCAGUUACUGCACAACCGCCACCUCCAUUUCCGGGAUCAGCUCACAAUGUGCCACCUCCUUCAGGUUCCUUCCCCUUUGCAUCACCAGUCCCAGCCAUGCCUCCUCCUAUGAGUGCUGCUUAUGGAAUGCAGACAUGGCACACGCAGCCUCAUCAGGUGGCUCCACCUUCUGCUGUACCUGCUUCAAUGCAACCACCUAGGAUGUUUGGGAUGAUGCCGCCACUUUCAAAUCAAGCAGAGACUGCAAUAAUUCCUUCUAUGGGUUAUGCUGGAUCUGCAUUAACUGGGCAAUCAAACAUUGAUUCCGAUCAAGUUCCGCGCCCAAUUCCAAAUUCUGCAGUAAUCCUGCACGCAACUCGUCAAGGCAACCAAGCCAACCCCCCUCCGCCUGCCACCAGUGACUACAUCGUUAGGGAUACUGGAAAUUGCAGCCCACGGUACAUGAGGUGUACUAUUAAUCAGAUUCCAUGCACCGUUGACCUUUUGACGACCUCUGCAAUGCAGUUGGCUUUGUUGGUCCAACCUUUUGCUCUUCCUCAUCCGUGUGAAGAGCCCAUUGAAGUUGUUGAUUUUGGGGAAAGUGGUCCUGUUCGCUGCUUUCGUUGCAAAGGCUACAUAAAUCCUUUUGUGAAGUUCAUUGAUCAGGGAAGACGUUUCACUUGUAACUUAUGUGGAUAUACCAAUGAAACUCCACGUGAUUAUCACUGCAACUUAGGUCCAGAUGGCAGGCGUAGAGAUGCUGAUGAAAGGCCAGAACUAUGCCGAGGAACUGUUGAAUUUGUAGCUACUAAGGAAUAUACGCUGCGCGAUCCGAUGCCUGCUGUAUAUUUCUUCCUUAUUGAUGUCUCCAUGAAUGCCAUACAAACUGGUGCAACUGCAGCUGCUUGCAGUGCAAUAAGCCAAGUUAUUUCUGAUCUUCCUGUAAGGAGAGGUGUUUCACAAAGGAACUUUCUGUGGGAUGCGGCGGAUGGAACUAGAAAGUUUCAUCUAGUGAAUUGGCAGACAGUCACUUCCCCAAAGAAGUGGGGUGGACUUGGAGUGAAAGAUUUUAGGGUAUUUAACAGAGCUUUAAUGGGAAAGUGGCUGUGGAGAUUCGGGGUAGAAGAGCAUGCUCUAUGGAGGGAGGUCAUAGUAGAAAAGGUGGGAGAUGGAAGGAGAAUCAGCUUUUGGAAUCAUCAUAGGUGGUGUGGAGAGGAUACUCUGAGGGUCUCCUUCCCCCACGUCUUCAGAGUUUCAAACCAGAAGGAACUGAUGGUCCAACAGAUUCGCAAGGAGCAUGAAGGGGGUAGUAUGGGACUUCUCAUUCAGGAGGAACAUGCAAGAUUGGGAGAUUGCGGAGCUCCAAGUUUUGUUGGCACUGCUAUACGGGCAAGACAGGNGGAGCUUCAAGUUUUGUUGGCACUGCUAUACGGGCAAGACAUGCUCCAGCCAUCCUGCGACUCUUGGAGAUGGGGCUUGCGUGGCGAUGGUUUGUUCACCGUAAAGUCCUUUUACCCGAGUAUGUUG